AAGAUUUCCUUCGAAAGUGCCUUGAUCAAUAUAUUAAAGGAUCUGUCAGUUUCCGAGAUGACUUUCCUGUUUAUAAUGCUGAUCUUGACGUAGAAUAUAUUAAACUAUCUAUUCAUUUUCCAGUAGCAUUUGUUCAUCCUGUAGACAUAUUAGAUAUUCAAAAUACUAUUGAAUGUGGAACAAAAUUAGAUUUCCCAAUUGUUGCCAGAUCAGGUGGUCAUUCUAAUGAAGACUACAGUAUUGGAGAUAAAGAUUGUUAUUUAGUUAUUGAUCUUGUAAACUUGAAUAAAAUUACCAUCGAUCCACCUUCACAAACUGCUAUAGUCGAAACAGGAAAUACGCUAAAUACAUUUUAUUCCAAAAUAAACCGACAUGGAUUUGCAUUUCCAGCUGGAACUUGUCCUUCUAUUGGAGUUGGUGGACAUAUGUUGGGUGGUGGUUUUGGAUUUCUUAGUCGAAAGUUUGGAUAUUCAUCAGAUAAUAUUCUUGAUGCACAAAUUGUUUUAGUAAAUGGGACAGUAGUUAACAAUGCAAAAGAAUAUCCGGAACUUUUCUGGGCUAUUCGAGGAGCAGGAAAUGCAGGCUACG